AUGUCCCCCAAAGUAGAUACCAACGAUUCUCAUGAGCGCUCACCUGACCUCAUUACCACGCGACCUAAUGCGAACCAUGCCGAGAUCCACGACGAAAAAGUCCGCCGGGUGAAUGAGCUUGCACACCUGAAGAAGCUUGCUGCCGAUGCGCAGCGCGAAUUAGCUGCGGCCGAACGACGUCUUCAAAAGGCUAAAGGGUCAUAUUCCGGUGUUGCUCGAUGUGGUAACAAACCCGAAGACAAGACUGCCUCAUAA